GCAGUUGGCAACGCUGGUGACAUGUGAAUGUGACAUAGGUUAUGUCAUUUGAUGGCGUGUUUGAGUAAAUUAGUAAAGUUAACUUGUAAUUUUAAAAAUGUUUAAUGUAAUUUUGUAGUUUUAAGGUGUAAUUAAAUACACAAAGUUUUGCAACAUAAAUAUAUACCAAUGGAUGUUGGUAUUUUGUAAAGACAAGUGACUCCUAUAGAAGCAUUGAAAAACAUCUGCAUUUAAUCAAUGAGUUCAAAAUGGCAAACAGUAUUGUUAAGGUAACUGAUGUUGCUGAUGACAUGAUUAAUGACAGUUUACUAUUGUUAGUCAAUGAAGAUGGGACUGUUACACCUGACAGAAGAACAGUAGAAGAUUAUUUGAGUUCUAAGUCUGGACCCACAAAGUUACAAAUAAUGCAUAUUGAUAAAUCGGACUCGAAAAGCAUUGAUGUUAUUGUUGACAAUGUAACAUACAUGCCUGAUAAUAUGGAAGUUAUAAACGAAGAGGAUGUUAUAGAAAAAGAUACUGCUAUAUCAAUGGAUGAAGUGGCUAGAAAUCUAUAUAAUUUUAAACUUGAUCAUGACUAUACUCCGUUAACAUCUCCUAAACCCUCACCCCAGUCAGAAGAAGAUGACGAACUAGCAAAAACAUUAAGUAUACUUCAUGGUAAUGAAAGCCCAGGGGAGAAAGAUACUACACCUAUAGUGAUAACAGUUCCACCUAAAAUAAAUAAAAACAUUAAUAUUAUAUCUUCUAUUACUAUACCACCUACUACUGAUUUAUCUUCAUCUCCUGGUACAUCAGGCACUGUAAUAAAAAAUGACGAAUCUGUUAAUGAAAUGUCCACACCAAAAAUGAAAGGCAAAGCCAAGAUGCUUAAUACACAAUCUUCUAAACCCUUGAAAAACAAAAAUUCACAAGAUGUAAAUAAGAAGGUUAAGGUUGUUAGUAAGAAAGACUUUAAUGAGUUGGAAGAAGAAGAAGAAAAAACUGAGUUAGAUGAUAAUGAAGAAGAAUCGGAAGAAGAAAUUGGAUUUGAUCCAGAGAUAGAAGACGACGAUGAUGAUUCAGAUUUUGACAUUCAAGAAGAACUUGGUGUAAAAAAAGGGAAAAGGGGUGUUAAGCACGGCAAGAUAGAGAAAAAGAGAAGCAAAAGACUGUCACAGUCUAGUACAACUUCCAAGCUACCAAAAUCGACAAAAAAGAAGAAAGAGCUUAAAGAUGAAGGUUUAAAAGAGGCAGAUUCUGUUGCAUCAAAGAGUGAAAAUAAAAAUGAAAAGGUUAAGACUAAGGAAAAGUCAACAGAGAAACCCACUGAACAAGAGACAAAAGAGGUAGAUUCUACGGAUUUAAAAUCACCAGAAGUGAAAACAGAAGAUGCCAAAACUGCAGAAAAGAAACACAAGAAAAAGAAAGAACCGCCCAAGCCUAUUCCAGGUGAUUUCGCUUUGUUUUCUACACCUGACAUUAUUCGUAAAGUUGGUGGGAAAGAACCAACAACACCAGGUACUGGCGAACAAGUUUCUACGCCACAAAAACCAGUUAAAAUUAACCCAGAACACGGUAAAACACCUGGAAAGACAGAAUCGGCGAUAUCACCAAAACCAGCUAAAAUUACACAAGAAUCGCGCUCUAAGUCAACGUCCGAAUCAUCAAAUUCUCAAACUUCAAAGCACAAUCGUCAUAGUCUGGACAGUAAGGAAAAACACAAUCAUCAUAAAACCAGCAACGAUCACAAAAAUAAGGAACGUCGGGAUAGUUUAGAUAAAGCAAAACAUUCUAAAAGUAGCGAUGAAAAGACCAGUAAAUCUGAACACAGUCACGAGAGGAGAAAUUCAGAAGUAAAUUCUGAAAAGAGGGAAGCUGUCUCCAGUGUAGAUAGAAGACUGUCUGAAUCCAGUUCAGACAGUAAAAGUUUGGAUAGCACUAAAUCCGUCUCAAAAACUAACCAGACCGCAAUAAAGAGUGAGCAAUCAACACCCAAGAAUACUUAUGCGCAACAAUUGAGGGAAAAUGAACCAGUUCCAAGUGCAGAAGAUAUAAGAGCCAUAAUAAUGAAUGAAGAUACCAAGACAUACACUACAAAUACAAUUCCAAUUCCGGACACUCCUGUAUCUGUCACACAUCCUCUGGAUGCAAACAAUCUAACUUUAGACGGAACUGGUUUAGAUCUUGAUCAAACUAUCUUAGAUAAUAUUAAUAACGACAUGAUCUCUGAAGAUAUUUUGUAUCAAGUGGCGCAGCAGUUAGUUUCAAAUACCGAAUUGCAAAAUGCUAUCGAUAAAGGUAUAAAUGAAGGUGUAUUGGAUACAAGCGGACUUCAGGAUUCCAUGGACAUUAGUCAAGUGAACGAUUCUUUUUCGGAAACUCCUAAACAUGAUAUUAUUAAAGAAGGAACCCAAAUAGUGAGACCUGAUGGAAGAGUAUUAGUUUUACCUCCGAUUGAAAGACCAACUACAAGAAGUAGGAACAAAAGAAAAGAAGAUAGCAAGCCUUCUUUUAAAACUGUUCAUAAGCCUUUGGACGACGAACAUGUUUCCGGCAACGAACUUGACAGUUCAGACGAAAACGAAGAAGAAUCCGAAGAUGAUCCUAACAAACUGUGGUGCAUCUGUAAUCAACCCCAUAAUAAUCGGUUUAUGAUCUGUUGUGAUACCUGCGAGGAAUGGUAUCAUGGAAAAUGCGUUAACAUUACAAAGGCUAUGGGUCAGCAAAUGGAGUCGGAAGGAAAAGAAUGGAUCUGUCUUUUUUGCAAGGAUCCCGCACUUAAGAGACCUAUGGCUGCAGCUAGAAGAAUAAGAAGGGCUUCCAGAAAUUCUCGACUUUCCUCUGACAGCAGUAAUUCGGCAACCAAAGUUGAGAAGGAAAAAUCUUCAAGUUCCGUUCCUUGCGUUGUUUGUCAAAAAGCUGCAAGAAAAAAUUCUAUAUAUUGUUCAGAGAGUUGCAUUUUAACUCAUGCACAAGGAAUUGAAAAGGUGGUAGUAUUUGAAAGAUCAACUGGAAAUAUGCUAACUGGAAACAAUGCUCCAAACGCAACAAAUCUAGAUCAGUGGCUUAAGGAACAUCCUGGAUACGAAGUUGUUCGAUCGGCUGGAAAAUUAGUAACUACCAAAGUUAAAAGUGGAAAUUUCACACAAUCCAAAUUGAAAUUUAUUAAAAAUCCCAAUAAUGAUGGUGUUUCACUUGCUGUGCAACAAAAAGGAGUAAAUAUAGGGGUUCUAAAACAUGCUCCUAAACAUAUAUCUCAGCCAGGCCAACAACAACUAGAGACUCCUAAAACGGUUAAAGUUAUAAAAAUAUAUCAUAAAGAUCCAACCAAUAAGGAAUCUAGAAUAAAAUUAAUACAAGCACAACCGCUUCCACAAUCGACUCGACUAGGUCAACAGACCCCGCCUACAAAACCAAAAGUUACUGUACAAACAACUUUAACUCCUAAAGGACCAACAACUCCAACAAUUAAAACUCCCAAAAAGGAUCCCUUAAAAGAUUCGAAACCAAAAACUCCCAAAACUAAGCAAAAAGAAGAAGCUCCCCAGCCAAAGAAAGAAGACAUCAGGGAGAAUGUGCAAAAAACUGUUGCGGAACAACUUGGUGUUAGACUUAAAGGCAGCGAUAUUAAAUUGACGGAAGAAGAGGUUAAGAAUAUAUCAACUGAGAUUGAGGCUGAACUUUAUAAAUGUUUUGGAGAUACAGGACACAAAUAUAAAAAUAAAUACAGAAGUCUUAUAUUUAACAUCAAGGACAGUAAAAAUCAAACUUUGUGGCGAAGAAUAUGUGAAAAAUCUAUAAGCUCCUAUGAACUGGUAAGGUUGUCGCCGGACGAUAUGGCAAGUCAAGAAUUAGCAAAAUGGAGGGAACAAGAGGCUAAACAUCAACUAGAUAUGAUUAAGAAAAAUGAAAUCGAGUUAUUAAAUUGCAAUAGACAGUAUGUUUUAAAAACACAUAAGGGGGAAGAAGUAUUGGAAGAUAAUCGACCAGGCAACAAAAUUGACAAUACAGAAAUAAUAAAAAGUCUAACUGAAGGUUCUACAUUACAUGUAGGAGAAGAUGAUAAAAAACAUAGUUCUAAAGAAAAAGAUAAAGAUAGAGACAAACGUGGCAGUGCUAAACACGCACACAAAGAUAAAAAUAGAGAGAAAGAUAGACAUUCUAGCAAAGAAAGGAAAGAUAGAGAUAAAGAACAUCGAAGUCGGCGGUCGUCGAGUCGUGACAAAGAUAGGAGCCGCAAACGAUCACGUAGUAAAGAUAGAUCGAGGCAUGAAAAGAAGAAAGAUAAAAGAAGCAGGUCCAAAAGUAAAGAAAGAGAAAGAAGUCGUGAGAGGGAUAAGAGUCGUGAUAGACACAGAAAAUCACAUAAAAGUUCGCGGCAUAAGAAGGGAAAUUUGAUUUCAUCUACGGAUAAUCUUGGCACGAAGGCUAAAGAGAUACUCGAAAAGCUGAACAAAAUUGCUCCUCCAUUUGAAGAUAAGCUUUGGAAGCAUGUUCCGCAGGAAGAUUUAACACCCGGUAAUGCACCAGUCGACAGUGACAGUGAUCAUGAAAUCCCUUCAUCAACUGUAACGAUUCCAACACCACCAAGGAGUCAGGAAUCUGAUGAAUUUCAGACUCAAAUUAGUCAGUCCUCCAACGAUUCGAAGAGCUCUAGCAAAAAUAGAGAAGUUGCAGUACUAGAAGAAAGAGGUCUUUCCCCUCCGCCGAAACAAUUGCCUUCGCAAAUUUGGAUGGGAACUAUUAAUAUGGUUGAUGUAGCUCAAAUAUCUAUUACUGCUCAUGAAGUGUCAGGUGAUUGCACUGGCUUAAACAAGGAACUAUCGGAAAAUUUAGAUAUUGUAGGCAGAAUUUCUCCAGAAACAGUAUGGGAUUAUAUUAGCAAAAUGCGUUGUUCUAACAGUAAGAUAAUCUCUUUGAUAAGAUUAACUGCUACAAAUGUGGAGGAGCAAAUGCCGUAUUUGGCAUUGUAUAGUUACUUGAGCAGCAGAAACAGAUUGGGAGUUGUAAAAAGUACCAACAAAGCUAUAAAGGACUUUUAUAUUUUACCAUUAGCUUCUCAGAAACCAAUACCACAAGCACUUUUGCCAAUUAAUGGACCAGGUUUUGAAGAGGCUCGUCCUGCUUUACUGCUAGGUAUAGUAGUUCGUGACAAGCGGAAAAGAGCGUAUACAGAAUCAACUCCAACUGCUGCUCCUACUCCUCACAAGAAAACAAGAGUUGAAGUCACGGUAAUACAGACUCAACCAACAACUCAAUCAAGGUCGUAUACCCCUCCCCCCGUACCUGCAGAAGUAACACCAGCCCCUGCUCCGCCCCUGCCUCCAUUACCACCAAAAGUUGAUCCACGUUUGGCUAAAAUUACCCCGCCAUUACCCCCUAUCGUUCCAGAUACGAUUUCAUCAUCUCCUGUGCAAGAAGAAGAUUCGCCUAUGGAGGAACCUGUCAAGCCAGUUCCUAUAUCUGAAGAUGAUGAGCCGUAUAGUCCUGAAGAUUCUGAUCCAGACACUGUUGUAACUGAAAGUAUGGACGUUCCUAGCGUUUCGGUAACUGUAUCAAAUGUUACUGCAAUUUCAAUGGAAACUACAACUGUUAAUGAAGGCUAUGCUACUAUUCCAGGACUUGGAGAUGCUUUACCGUCGUCCAAGAUGGAUAUUCAAAGACAAAUGGAGGAGCUUAAUAAACAAAUAGAGUUACAGAAAUCAGAAAUAACUAGUAUAACGAAAAAUAUUGCAACUGCCGGGUCAGAAAUUGCAGGUUCGGCUUUGGCUAGUAUCGCCUUACCCAGCAAUCUACAGCAAAUUUUAGACAGUAUUAAAACUAUCGCAACUGAGGAAAAGGCAACACCUGUCCCACAGGCAGCAGGACAAACAGAUUUGACGAUUCCAUUAAUCAUCCCUAAAACAUUUACGCGUCCAUUAUGUUCAAGUCCCAUGCCUGACGUGAACAGCGAUACAAUUCCUUUAAAUCUACCUAUUAAACCUAAAAUAAAGCCAUCUUCGGUCAACUCGCCGCUAAAUGAUGGUCGAGAAAAAUCGACGAGCGUAUUAGGUUCGCUAACUGAAGAGGAUUUAAUCAAGAAAGCCGCUGCGGAAAUGAUGGAUGAAGAUAGGGAUAAGAAGUCGAGUAAUAAAAACACUGUAGCCGCCCCUUCCCCAUCGUCUACACCUAAGACUACGUCUACACCUUUAGAUGCAGAUGUAACCUUGCCUCCCGUUCCUGGUGUAGAUUAAGUUAUUUUUAUGGUAUAAUAUGCACAGCUUUUAAUUGCAAAGAAUAUAGGUAAUGUGUAUACUUUAUGGCAGAGUUUGUUUUUCCUAUAUCUUUAAGGAAUAUUGCCUGUAAAUCCAACUAAGGUGUGUUAUAAAAAGCAAGAAGGAAAUAUGUUUUAGUGGCGAUAUUCUCAAAAGUUUCAAAGGCAAAGGAUGUACUUAAACUGCUGUUACUACAACAAAUAAUCUGUUAGUAUAAAAGAUUAUGGAUAAAACCUUGAUUUAAUUAGCGAAGUAAUAAGUUUUUUUAAUAAACUUAAAUCAUUGUCCCAUUUCCUACUCAUAUCAAUAAUUAUAGAGUUAUCGCUUAUUUAAGGUUUAUUAUUAUUUUUUUUAAAGGGAAUACUUCAUCUCUCUCUGUAGUUUUAUAGUUACUUAUAAAUAGUUCUAUAUGCAAUAGUUUUUGAGAAUCUUAAGAUACUUAGUGCGUGUCCCCACAUGAGGCGUACAGCGUAAUAGAGCCUAGGGCGAGGAGGACCGCGAAGCGUUCAAAUGCAUUAAAAUAAACCGAAGUGGCCCCACAUACAGCGCAGCGUAUUACGGAUUGGCGGGUAUUUUCUCACACUGUAAGCACUCCUCUCCGCCAUACGUUACGCUACCAGCUUUAUGUUGGGCUACGGCCUUACAAGUAAAAGGCUUCUGUAAAGGGCCGGCUACACAUACAAGCUUUACCACGAGCUUACCUUCACAAACCUGUUUGUAUCAGGAACUCGCUGUGUAUAGACGGUAAAACGGUAGCACGCACAAACCAAAAACCGCGGCUUGCGUAAACGUCGCACUGCUAAAGAUUUUAGUUUGUGCAAACCAAUUUGUGCGGUGAUAGCAUACGUGUAGACGGUAUCAGCUAGUUCAAGCUACAGUUUUGUGGCUCUUGUGGGUUUUGCUUUAAAUAAUAAUUCGUCACUUGACAUUUCCACGAACGGAACCACAAAUUCUGAAUAAAAAUAAUGAUGAAUGUGCGAUCUUACUUGCAUCGUGUGGACACCACACAGUGUCCUAUCUUGCGCAAACUAGCCCGUGCAGGCAAGUCGCUAACGUAUAGCUGUCGCUUAUAGUGUAUCAGACAAAAUAAUAAUAAUAUAAAGAGUGUGUAUUUAAAAAAGUUUAGAUUUUUUUAAUUGAAAAUAGUCGAAAUUCAUAAUUUCGCGUAUUUUAAACACUCUAUUUAAUUUUUUUCUUUAUUUCUAUAAAAUAGGUCUUCUACCAAAAAAAUAUAACAUUAUGUAACAUCAAUAAUAAUUUUUUUUUGGUUUAGUUUCUUUGACCUGGUAUACUAUAUAUUUUUUUCUUUUUAUUCUUGGCUUUAGGUCGUUGUCGUUUUAAAGAUGUUAGUUAGUAGAUUUCGUUUAUAAUUUUAUUUUCAUUGACAACGUUUUGACAGUCAUAUGUCUUUUUCAAGUCUUGAACGUAGAUUUCCAUAGAAUUAAAAUUGUAAA